GCUUUGUGGAAACGGGAGGCCAUUUUGGAAUACUGUUGUUGACUGAAAAAUACGUCGGCAAGUUGUAGAACUUUGCCUGCCAUCAGCCAGCAUUAAUCGUUUUAAAUUGAGGAAUGCAGGAGUGUGUUAAAUGAAAGGCACCAGUGUGUCUAAAGAUGUAAAGCAGAACAGGGAAUGUAGACUGCCUUGAUGGAUUUACAUUAGGGAGACUAUACUGACUAAUUUCACGAAAGCUGCAUGGUAGAACAGUUGAGCAUGGAUUUUUCCCGACUGCACACAUACACUCCUCCUCAACAUGUGCCAGAGAAUACUGGCUAUACCUAUGCACUCAGUUCUAGCUAUUCUACAGAGGCCGUGGAUUUUGAAAGCACGCAUCACUUGCAUCCAGUAUACGACUCACCAAGGAUGUCACGACGCAGAUUGCGUCCUGUUAGCACUGAGUAUUAUUCUACAGAGUGUGUGCACAAUGAGAGCAUUGGUAGCAACCAUUCUUUCACUGGAAGCCUCUUACCCUACAAGGAAUUGUCAUCAAGAAGUGUAAAACAGCAACAAGAAAAACACAAAAGUGCAAGCAAACAAACUGUUUGUGUGUCUCAUACUCCAAGGAAAGCAAAGGUUGAGUUAUCAGUUUCCAGUCAGAGCAGUGUCCUCAGCUAUGGGACAGACUCAUCAAUGGUGUCCACAGUACUGGAUGAGUCUUCGAUUCAAGAAAGAACAGAGUUGGGCCAUUUCUGGGGUCUAGAUGAUGAGGAUGGAGAUGGCAAAGGAGGAAGUACAACAUUUCUGCAAGCAAAUGGGGACAUAAUAUCAGGGAACAUGCAGACGACCAUAUUCAAUGGCUACACUUGUAAUGACUGCAGCAUCCUUUCUGACCGAAAAGAUGUUCUCACUGCAUACUGUGCCUCCCAUGCACCCUCUUCAACCGUGUAUUCCAGAAGCAGAAACAAGAAAGAUAUGUCAAGAGUGCAGUUAUUCAUGAAUCAUACAGUCCACAUGACAAAAAAUGUUGUGUCAGCUGCAGUCGCAUGGUUUUUACAACUUUAUCACACAAUAUUGUUGAAGACUGGGUUUUACUCCAAAGCCCAUUCAAGUUACUGUGGAAGAAUGAAUGUAAAAGAGUUGAUUACUGGGGAUGGACAUCUGAAUAUAAAUGGGGAAUCUUUGUGUGAUGACUGUAAGGGAAUGAAACACGAUACAUAUAAAUCCACUGAAGUGGGGUCCACAAAGUACACGAAGUAUUCACAAGUCACGCGGACCAUCUGGCUGGUCUUUGCUUAUGCAGGCUCUUUGUUGCUGCAAGUGGUUCAGGCUGCUGGUGCUGUUGCCUGGUUUGUAUCCAGGAAGGUCUUGUCUAUUCUGUGGUUGGCCAUUGUAUCUCCAGGAAAGGCUGCUUCUGGAGCUUUCUGGUGGCUUGGGACUGGAUGGUACCAGCUAAUCACUUUAAUGUCCCUCCUUGAUGUAUAUUUGCUCACAAGAUGUCUACCCAGGUUGUUCAGAUGGUUACUCCUGUUGGUUCCAUUUCUUCUUUUAUUUGUUGGUCUCUGGUACUUGGGUCCAGCAGGCUUGUGGUCACUAUUGCCAGCCUUUAAUAGGACUUCAGUACAGAGUUCAAAAGAAAUUGUACCAACUAUCCAGACAAAUGGGGAGAUUCCUGGUUCACUGCCAUUUCCACGGAGUACUGAGCAUCCAUUUGAUUGGACUCGUGUGACAAAGUUGGAAAAGCAGAUUAUUGUACUCAAUGACCAGUGUUCUCAGAGCUCCCUUGCUUCAAACCAGCGUUAUGAUCAGCUUGCCAGCUUGUUGCAGCAACUGCAGGAACAGGUCGGGAAGAUGAAUGAUAAAGAAGCACUUGUGGUCCUUAUCAGAAACUUAAUCAGCCAGCAGUCAAGUUUGUUGCAAAAAGAAGUGAAGCAAGAAGAAACUGAUGAUCUCCAGAAUCAGCUUAUGGCUUUGCAACAAAAGCAUGAAUUGCGUAUCACUGAACUGGAAUUACUGCUACAGAGUUUGUCCAGCAGAUCAGAGGAAGUUUACAAAGAGGUUGAAUCUGCCAAGUCAAAGUCUGAGAGCAAUGAAAAUGAACAGUACCGGCACCUUAUGGCUGAACUCCAGAGACUCGAUAUAGAAUUGUCCACAGUCAAAUCAGAAUUGUCAAGCAUGCAGGAGCUCAAGACAUCUUGUGCAAAAAUAGAUGGGUUACAAGGAAAUGUUGACAGUCAGGUCAGAGAAUUGGUCAAUUUGCUGAUUUUUGGAAGCAAGCAAACUUCACUCUCUUUCAAGGACUGGCUGUCCUCUCAGUUUGCCAGCCAAACUGAGCUCCAGAUCCUAUUAAAAGAUUUGGAAAUGAAAAUCCUGAAAAAUCUCACUCAACAUUGGAUUGAAACAAAAAAACUGCCAGAUGCGCAGGUAGCUGCAUGUGCUGUCACUAAUGCUGGGUUAAGUGGCAUUUCAGAGGAGCAAGUGCAUGUCAUUGUGAAUAAUGCUUUGAAAUUGUACAAUGAAGAUAAAACUGGAAUGGUGGAUUUUGCUUUGGAAUCUGGAGGUGGUAGCAUCUUGAGCACUCGUUGUUCUGAAACCUACGAAACUGCAACAGCUGUGAUGAGUCUCUUUGGAAUUCCACUUUGGUAUUUCUCGCAGUCUCCCAGAGUGGUAAUUCAGCCAGAUGUUUACCCUGGAAAUUGCUGGGCAUUCAAAGGAUCCCAAGGAUAUCUGGUUAUUCGCCUUUCUGUGGAGAUUUAUCCUUUAGCUUUUACCUUGGAGCAUGUACCAAAGUCUCUUUCUCCAGCAGGCAAUAUCAGCAGUGCGCCAAAGGACUUUGGUGUUUAUGGUCUUGAUGAUGAGUACCAAGAAGAAGGCACCAAUUUUGGCAAGUACACAUACGACCAAGAAGGAGAAGCAAUACAGACUUUCCACGUCAGGAAUGAAAACUUGAAAAGCUACCAAAUAGUCGAACUCCGGAUAUUCUCCAACUGGGGUCACCCAGAGUACACUUGUCUCUAUCGGUUCAGGGUGCACGGCAACCCUAGAAAACAAUGAAUCAUGGACUGUACUAAAAUUGUAAAAAGUUGUAAAUACUGGAAGAACUGGGACUAAUUCUGGACACUGGAAUUUGUUCUUGGAUUGUGGCAUGAAUAACGUACUGCUGAAUCACUUAUCGGAUGCUUUAAGAACACUGCCUACUGAUUGGUUAAUGGCUUCCUCGUGUUUUUAGAAAACCUUUUGUCUUGUUUUUAUUUUGGUAAAUGUCUGAUGUUUGCUUUGCGCAACAGGAACACUGAAUGCCUUUCCACUUGGAAAAAUGGAAAGAAAUUGAUGUACAGACUAUUUUAUUGGACAUUUGAUAAUGUUUAUUUGUAUAUUGCACAACAGUCCUCAUUUGUAAAGAGAAUACUUCAGAAUAUAAGCUAUAUUAACCAAUAUAAUCCAUAUAUUUAAAUAUUAACAUUAGACCUGUGGCCUGUGUAGAAAGACUUCAAAUAUGAAAUGCAAUCGUAUAUUUCAAACUAUGAUAUAAAACAAAACAUGGCAUAUUUCCUCCUGUAAAGCAAAAUUAGGGAUUUUGGGAAGGGACUUUGUGAAUAACUAUUUAUUUUUCAAGAGUAACAUAGGACUUUGUGCAAUGUAUUUUUGUAAAUUCUUCACACUGUCUUGAAGUGUUUUUAUUUCCUUGGCUGUCGCUGAAUUGGACAACGCUAUUCAGAUGUUUAAAUAAAGAAUUUAAUUUUU